AUGAACGAUUAUGUUGUUUUAUUUUGUGAAACCAUUAUCACAGUAGUUAUUUCCUUCUUAUUUGGUAUGGUUUUUAUUAAAUACUAUUUCAACAACAAAAUUGGCAACAAAAAUGGCAACAACAACUACAGCAAUGAAAAUGGCAAUAAUCAAUCAACUACAUCACAAUAUGAUUGUCCACCUUCCUCUGAUGAAUAUUUAGCUGAGCAAAGAGUUCAACAACAAGUACAAAAAAAACGUCAAGCAAUUGAAGAAUUGCUAUUUCUUAGAAAGCAAGAAUUGGAAAAACAAAAACAAUUUAAUUUUGAAAGUACUUCACAAUCAUAUAAUGACCCACCAAAUAUGAAAGACCCAUCUUAUUACCAACAAAUGCCAUAUGCUCAACCAGAAACAGAAAGAGAACCUUCAACCUACCCAACAUUCAAUAAAAACGAGGCACGUCAUUCUUUUUCUGAUGACCCACAACCAUCCAAUAAUACAGAAGCGGAUCAUAUGUUUAAAAGAGAACCAUCCGCCUACCCAACCUUCAACCAAAAAGAAUCACGUUAUUCUGUUGAAAAAGAACAAUCACAAUAUGCUCCUCCAGAAUCAGCAACCUCUCCACCAAAUGAACCAAAUAAUACUUAUAAAUGGGAACCAUCUAGUUACCCAACUUACAACCAAAAUGAAUCGCGUCAUUCUUUUUCUGGUGCAUCAAAAUCACACAGUUAUCCAGAAUCACAAAGUAAUGGUGCAAAUUUCAAUGGAGAAUCACCAUUUGUAGAGGAGUAUGAUGAAUCAAGUGGGAAAUGGGUUCCAUUUUCUUAA